AUGCCCCAAGGCCAUGGCACAAGGCUGUCCCACCCAUCCAGGAUCAGCAUAAAAGCCAGCCCAGAGCCUCUCUCCCUCACACACUUCUCCUCAAGCCUUCUCCUCCUGCUCCUGCAGACAACCAGGACCCUCCACACCACACCCAUGGCCUGCUACAACAUCUGCCAACCCUGCGGACCCACCCCGCUGGCCAACAGCUGCAACGAGCCCUGUGCCCUGCAAUGCCAGGAUUCCCGAGUUGUUAUCCAGCCUUCUCCUGUGCUGGUCACCCUGCCAGGACCCAUCAUGACCUCCUUCCCCCAGAGCACCGCCGUCGGAUCCACCUCCUCGGCUGCCGUGGGCACUGAGCUCAGUGUGCAGGGACAGCCCAUCUCUGGCGGAUUUGGUGGCUUUGGCUACGGCCUUGGCUAUGGCCGUGGAUUUGGCUAUGGGCUGGGAGGCCUGGGCUGCUAUGGCAGAAGGGGCUAUGGCAACAUCUGCUAAGGGCCCUCAGCACCACCCCUGACACCAACCACCCACUCCAUGGAACUCAUCUCAGGCAUUGAGGACACAUCCCUGGGACCAGAUUCUCAAACGGACUCAGCACUUCCAGCUCCUGCUCUGCGGGCACCAACCAAGGCAGCAGGCCAGCUGUCCCCAAACGUGGCCCAUCUGUCUCCUGCUCUUCUCCUGCUCCCUGCUCGCCAAGGACCCUUCUGCUCUGUCCAUUCCCCUCUGGACAAACCCCUUCUCCCAAGCCAGAGACCCUCGGGCACCUCUGCCUGGCUGCUGCCACUGUGGGACAGGAAAUCCCUGAUGCUCCGGCCAGGCCUGCUGCAAUGAAAGGAUCUGUGCUGAUGUUUGUCCUGUUCCACCUCAGACCAGCUCCAUUUUAUUUAUUUCUCCUGCUUUUUACUUGUUGUUUUUUUGCCUCAAUAAAGUUUUCUUGCAUCAU